AUGAGAAAGAUCAAUUAUCUUCAACUUUCGCGAAGGUUCGAGAGGCCUACACAGAUAAUCUUAGAAAAAAGAGUAGUUCUCGCAUCCUUCACGCUUCACCACAUCCAUUCGGUGACCAUGGCAACAACUACAAACAUUUCGCUACCGAAUCGAGGAUCCUAUUAUGAGUUCCAGCGUUUCAAUUCAAAGUUUGAGUUUGGCAAAAAGUAUCAAACAGGAAGCAAAAGAAAAGUUAGGAGCGGUCUUGAGCGCCGUUUUGAAGAAAAAAUCACUCGCAUCGAAAUCGUCGGUAGAAAAUGCAUCUACUUCCACGAGUAGCAGGAACCUGCUGGAUAACCACGAGAGGGAUGCGGAUUACGGCGACGACGAGAAAGUCAACAAGCAGUAUAUGUUGGAUAAGUUCUUGCAAGAUACGUCGUGCGUGGGAAACAAUGAAAUUGACGCCAAACGUCCCGUUCCUAAACCCAGAAAAAACUUGCCCGUAGUGGCCGGUCGUGAGUCCCAAUCUAGUGCAAAACAAGAAGCAGUGGGAGAUGUGAUUCUUCACAACAGCCCAAGCGCUUCAAAGAUAACAAUAGUCGCCUGCGAACAGGAUGAAGUUGAAAAAGAAACCGCAAGUAGUAGUGGUGAUGAGAGUAGCUGCAGUCGCCACACAUUCGUGGUUAGCAAAGAGGACAAAAAAAUUGAAGCGCGUAAGGAAGUCAGCGAAGUAAUUGAAGCGACCGUAGUGGAAAAACCCAACCCGACUGUACGUAAAAGCAAAAUACCAGCGAAAAAUACCAAAACGGCAAAAACCGAAUAUUUGACAGAGAUUUUUAUACACAAGACCGAUAAGCUGGUGCCGAAUCCAAUAGUGAUUCAUCCCGUGGUGAAAAUUCACGUGGUCGACAUCAAGGCUGGUUGUUAUUUCAAGAAAAGCGAGAAGGGUAGGUCUGUAGUGUUUUAUUACGAAAACGAAUCCAAUGAUUACAUCAUGCCGAUUAUGAGCCGACACUACAACUUGCAAGAAAACAGAUCGUUCUUCCCCAAAUGGGAGGAGGCGAUUUUGUUAAAUGAAGAUUUCGAUUAUCUCGUCAAUGAGAACGUUGUGCUCUUCUUCGAGGUGUUGGACUUUAUUUCCUUCAAUGUGCACCAAUUUAAAGCGUCUGACAAAGGAUGGUUCAAGAUUGCGUUCGCUUUCUUGAAGGUGGUGGGGAAAAACAAUAACAACGUCAACCGUAAAGUAAGGCUGCAACUGUACCAUCAUCCGACUGUGUCUAUCCAAUACUCGGAACCCAAUAGAUGUCCCGUUUGGGACUACUGGAAGAACCACAAGCUGAAAAAGUAUCCAUCCACCUUAUAUGUGACUAUCAAACAAGUCAUCUCCCCUAGUAAAGUUGUGGAUGCGUUUAGGUCUAGAACGCCACUCCAAAAGGAAGCGAUACCGAAUAUCGAAAGAGAAAACGAUGACUGCGAAAAGGAAAACGCAGAAGAUUUCAAAAUUCUGUGGCCCAAGUUUCGGAGGAACGCGAAGAAGCUUCCCGACGAGUGCGUCGAGCGGCUUGAGACAUUCGACGAGGGCUGCUUCGUUUUGAAGUUUAGCCACCAGGGCGCAUAUCUAGCCUGCGCGCUCAAAGCCGGCGAAGAUUUUUUGGUCGUCAUUUAUAAGGUGGAGAAUUUCAAAGUGAAAACAAAAUUUAAAAACCACCAAUGUCUCAUAUACGCUUUAGUUUGGUCGAUAGAUGACAAAAUGCUUCUGACGGCAUCCGCGGACCACACGGUGGCGGUAUGGGACGUGGAAAAACGUAUCUUUCUACAGAUAUUGCCCCAUCCGAGUUUCGUCUACUCGUGCGAUAUGAACAGCAACAACACAGUGGCGACAGGGUGUUACGACCGGACAGUUAGGUUGUGGAAUUUUGAGGGAGCUGAGUUCAGGCUGCACCAAGAACUGGAAGAACAUAAGGGAUACAUAACUUCCGUCUGUUUCUCUAAAAAAUCCGACGAACUGCUGUAUUCCGCAGACUCUAACGGCGACAUUUUGGAAUUUCGAAUGGAAGAAAAAGACUGGCGUUUGAUUAGAAAACUGGAGAUUGUGGACCUUAAAGACACGAUAAUCAACCAAAUUGUUCUGUUCCCCAAUGAGAAACGAAUGCUGGUGCAUUCUAGAGAUUCGGCCAUGCGGGUCGUUUCGAUCGCUCAUUCCUGUGUCGUCCAUUGGCUUUACGGAGCGCUCAACACUCGGGUGCAGACCUUUUGCGACCUAUCGCCGUGCGGCGUCUACGCGGUGUGCGGCAGUGAGAACGGCCUCGUUAUUAUGUGGAAUACGAAAACCGGGAACGACGAGAAAACUUUGGGAGCCUUCCCACAAAAAGUCGUUCACUGCGUUCAGUUUCACCCCAAACUAAACAUGCUAGCCGUUGCUCAUUACGGGUCCGACGAGCCUGUCUUGGUUUACUCAUCGAUGAGCGAUUUACCGACGGAAGAUCUCAAAGAAAGUGAAGAGAGAAAGGAUGUCGCGGACGAUGGCGAUGCCAAGUGGGAUUUCAAACGGAUACUUAGGAAAAUGGACGAACUGUUGGUGGAAAUUCCUCUGAGCUUGGAAAAACCAAAGAAUCGAGAACGUUAUCCAUACACACAGUAAGCUAGGGGAGAGACAACCAAUAAUAGGAUUUCUACACCCCUUCAAGCAGCCUUGGACAGGGGCCGUAAUACCAUUCAACGGUAGGAGCUCUUUCCUUAUAGGAGUUACCUUUAAUGUAUCACUCAACUGGAAUGCUCAUCUAGAGAGGACAACCAGCAAAGCGUAUAGAUCGUUCUGGACAUGGCGAAAGGUUUAUCGCAAGAUGCCAUCCCAUUUACGACGAAUACUAAUGAAACACUUAUAUCAUUUGCGAAUGAUACAGUCCUAAUGAUGGAAGCCGACACUAGGAGUAAUGUUGAAUUGCAAAUUAAGGUAGAUCUUUGCGUAAUAACGAACUGGUUUGACGAACACUUAAUUACCAUAAAUUUGAACAAAAAAAAACUGGGUACCCUUUUCUAAUAACGCCUUAACAUUAGCAAGUAACAAUAUUGAGGUUUAACUGACAGAGAUCUAAAUUUUGGCAAGUAGAAAUAAAAAACAUUGACAAAUAUCUUGGCAUACUAUUGGACAGCCAACUGAAAUGGGAUAUUCAUAUUCAAAGACUAUUCUUUCAUUAAAAGAAAAUCUUUCCUUAUACCUUGCAAGAGUGCUAAAAGUUAUAUUUCAACUUGACCGACAGUAUCACUCCUAUGCGGAAAAACUCAUUAUGCACUUUACUAGAGAAAAAAUCAAAGAAAACUUAACACAACUAUUUGCAAAGAAAAGGAUAGGACAGAGAACAUUUCUAUAUGUUGGAAAUAAAUUAUAUAACAAAAUUCCUGCUGAAAUAAAAAAUAUAACAUCUAAAGGGUUCGGCCAUAAAUUGUCUAACUGGUUAGUGAAAAAUUGUCCCACAGUCAUUCACUAAGUUUAAAGCUUUGGCUAAAAGCAAUUUCAAUUAAUGCAAUCCAUUAUUUUGGUUUCUCUUCUCUUCUUUUGGUCGGUUUAUUUUUGUAGGCUAGGAUUAUACAUUUUACUUUGUCUGGUUUAUUUGUAAAAUAAAAUUAAGCUUGAGUUGAGGAACUCGUCUGCUACCUGUUAUGAAUUCUAUCAAAAAUGUUAUUCUGAUGUCUUAUAUUCUUGUUUAUCCCAAAUUCAAAUUUAAAUUUAAUACAAUAAUAAUAAUUUAUUUGCUUUAAGUAUUUAUAUAAUGAGUAUCUAAAUCCAAUAACCAAUUUUACAAGGAAAAAGGAGACCAAUUUAAAAAAGAUUCUAGUUCAGCUCCCAAGGUAAACUAUAUAUAAUGCCUAUUAAUGUUUGACAAUGCCAAUUACACUAAACUUCUAAAAUCCUCUACAAAAAGCACACUGUACGAAAAGGAAGGAAAAAAGACAGAAAAAGAGUCAAACUCCUACGAGGUCCACUUAAAAAGAACUGUAUAUAAAAAACAAAAAAAGUAACUCAUAUAAUAUUAACUUAAAAGAAACUGUUUAUAUUGAUAUUUAAAUGCGCCCACUGAUAAUGUUUUUAAAUUGUGUGGAAUAUGUUUAAACGAAAUAUAAAUGUUAUAAGUGAAACAGAGAAACAGAAUUUUAUUUGUUUUUUAUUUUACUUGUCCCUCCUAGACAAAAGAUGUCAAUGAGGGAAAAUACCUUUUAGAUUGGAAUAUGCCAUUUGGAUACAUUUGUUGACUUGAGAUUUAAAUCUUAACUCAGAAUCAAAAAUUAGCCCAAGAUUCCUGCUCACUAAUUUUCAUUUUAAUGUUUUGACACAAUCUAUCAUUAUCUAUCUGUUCCCAAUAACAAAAAAAAAUUGAUUUCAUUAUUAACACUAUUAUUAAACUAAAGCAUCCUGUACUCAGUAGAAUCUAGCGUUAUCUUGAGGUAAAAGCUUGUAUCUUAUGGGCAAUAAACAAUGUAUUAUUAUUAUUAUUAUCUCUGGGGUAUAUCCACUUGCUGUGCACUUUAUUAUACCAUCUGUUGGAAAAAAAGAUUAUGCGCGUAGCAUAAAAACCAUUUAAGUGCAA